AUGGAAAAUAUUUUGGAUUUUCGUGUUAUUUGCUGUACAUGUUUGAAUGUAACGCACAGCACAAUAUCGGUGUAUCAUAGAGAUCUAAAGUACAAUGUUUUGCUUGUGGAAAUGAUCAACAAAAUCAGCCAUAUUGAGUUGAAACCGACCGAUGAGUAUCCUAACAAACUGUGCUAUACGUGUGCCGAUAAGCUACGAAUUGCUUACGAGUUCCGGAUGAUGUGUGACGAUUCUAACAAUAUUCUUCUCAGCCAUCGAAAACAUAGCAAAGAACUUGCGCCAGCUCAUCCGGAAGCUGAACAUCUCGUUCAUGAUGAAAGCCUUCUUUUAGCGGAAACAAGUAACGACUUCAUAGAAUACGACGGUGUUGAAGAAUAUCUGGAGGAAUACCUUUUGGAAACGGAAGAAACAGUACCGUCGAACGAAGAACAAAACACUGAGCAACAUACCAAUAUUUCGGUUGCUGAAAAAGACAUCAUUCCCCCGGAAUUCGAUGAAAAGGAAGAAUAUUUACUUUGUAACGAUAGCCCUAAAAGCGACACGAAGUCAACAAUUAUCGACGAUGCCGAGGCUGCCGAAGUGACCGAAAACAAGUGUCCAAUUUGUGGCCAAAUUCUAAGCAAAAUGGCUCACCUAAGGCGCCACUUAAAGCUUCACAACCGCACAAAAUCCUUCCGCUGCACUCAGUGUCCAAAAGUCUUUUCACGGUCAGACAACCUUCGGGCGCACGAGAAAAAUCACUCCCAGGAACGGCAUUACAAAUGCCCACAGUGUGAUCAGCGCUUUAAACGAAUGGAUGCGUUGAAGGUGCACAUGAGCGUAAGGCACAAGCAGUACGUUGAAGCGCACUUCCACGUUUGCAGCUAUUGUAACACGUUCUUCGAAACUGAACAAAAAUUGAAUGCGCAUCUCGCGAAGCGCCGAAGUGAGAAGAAGUUUGUGUGCCACAUUUGUGGUAAAACCUUUGCCGAACUGUUGCGGUAUGAGAUACAUCUGGAAAAGCAUGCGAAUGCUGGAUCGAAUGUCGAAACGUUCGAGUGUUUUCACUGUUCGAAGCUGUUCGAUAGUAAGAAACGGCUCUCACUUCACAUACGGUAUCAUACGUCGGACAAGGUGUACAAGUGUAAAUAUUGUGAUGAAAGUUUCGCGCGGAAAACGGAAUUGAAAUAUCAUGAAGAUUAUCAUACCGGCACGAAGAAUCACGUGUGCAAAACGUGCGGACAAAGUUUCUAUCGGCUAAAUGCGUUAAAAACACACAUGAUGACUCACACCGAUGAAAAGCCGUUCCAGUGUUCACACUGUCCGAAACGGUUUCGCCAGAAGUACGACAUGAUUACACACGAGCGGCGCCAUACCGGUGAACGGUUCCAGUGCGAUAUGUGUACGGAAAAGUUUAUUCACGCUCAUCAGUUGAAUUCUCACCUGAAAAUAGUGCAUGAUUUGAAUGUGAAAUGCCGCAAGCGGGGAGUUACAAAGUUUUUCCCCGCGUCCGACAAACAUACGGAAGAUAGGCCGGAGAAUGAUGCUAAAAGUAGUUCAUCGCGAAACGAAAACUAA